AUGAAUCCCGCUCUGGGCAACCAGACAGAUGUGGCUGGCCUGUUCUUGGCCAACAGCAGCGAGGCGCUGGAGCGUGCGGUGCGCUGCUGCACCCAGGCGUCCGUGGUGACAGACGACGGCUUCGCCGAGGGCGGCCCGGACGAGCGCAGCCUGUACAUCAUGCGCGUGGUGCAGAUCGCCGUCAUGUGCGUGCUCUCGCUCACCGUGGUCUUCGGCAUCUUCUUCCUCGGCUGCAACCUCCUCAUUAAGUCCGAGGGCAUGAUCAACUUCCUGGUGAAAGACCGGAGACCGUCUAAGGAGGUGGAGGCGGUGGUCGUGGGGCCCUACUGA